CCCUGCUUGGACAGGCCAAUAUGUGCGCGUCCCCGCGUCCCCAAUUGAAAAUGCAGCGUCCCUGUUGUCCCAGUGCUUGCUUGCUUGCUUGCUCGCCGCGUCCGACGGGGCUGGCCGCCCCAGACCCGAUUUCGCACCCAAGCUGGGUAGAUCUGGCAAAAGAGGAGCGAACAGCCGAGAGGAGGAAUUGAGCCCGGAUCUGAUCUGACGUGACUUCUCCUCGCUGGCUCUGCGCUCAUCCACCGCCUGCCCGCUGCGUGGUGUAGUGCUUGUUCGGCACUGUCGUUGUUACUGAGGAUAGCUCGCAGCAUGUACGCCUGGCCAUGACUGAGCCUGAUCCCGCCGUUCGCGACAGCACACUGGGCGCUCUCAAGAUCGCCUGCCCCUCCGCCGAGAUGCUCUCCCAGAACCCCAGCCCGCUGGACAACCCCUUUGUCGCCGUCGAAGCCGAUGUCGAGUGGUCUGACGAGGAGGUCCUGCUGCCCAAGCGGAGAAAGACGCCUUACAAGCCGCCAGAGAUCAGGGUCGCGCCCCGGGUUGCCUCCAUGCACGCCGCCGAGACGUCGUCGGACGAUUCAGACGACCGCGACCUCAGCCCCAACCACCUCUCCGUCAAUGGCUCGCCGCUCAUACCGCCCAAGUCGCCGUCGCGGCCGGACGUCCGCCCGGGAAGCAGCCAGGACGAUCUCGUCAAGCGCUUCUACGAUGUGACCCGCGAGCGGGACGCCCUUAGAAAGGAGCUCCAGCGACAAUCCAUGGGCCCCCACGGCCUCCCCGCGCACGCCUCCGUGGUCUACAAAUCCGACGAGAAAGCCCUCAUCGGCGAGCUCCUCGGCCUGCGCGAAGAAAUCCGCCUCUGGACCGAAGACUACUUCACGGGCACGCCCUCGACCUCCCGUCGGCGCCCGCACCUGCACACUUCCAAAGAGCUCUUCAGCCCCCUCACAGACAACUACACCGCGUACCUGCGCCACACGACCGACCGCCCGCUCCUCAUUCAGUCCUUCCUCUGGUCGCAGCUGCAACACCGCAUCUUCAGCACACUGCACAAAGGGUGCGGGUACGUGUGGGCGGGCAAGCUGGGCGACCGCAAGCUGCGCCCGCUCAACGACACGCUGCGCAAAGCCGUCAGGAACGAAGACCAGGCCGAGGCGUACCACCGCUGGCGUGCGCUCACCGUCAACCUGCUCGUCCCCCAGGUCGACGGCAAGUGGAGCCCGACCUUCGACGCGGCGCCUGUGCUGAAGUGGAUCAAGCGCUUCUGCGCGAGGUUGAGGAGACGGCUGCGCCCGUGGGCGUGCAGGAGUCUGCGCGAGGGGAAGGAGAUGCUGUACACGAUUGUGAGCGCGGCGGUGGCGCUGGAUCUCAAAAUGAAGCGGCAGCGCGCCGACUAUCGGUUUAUUACAUGGACGGGCGGCCGUCCGAAUCAGUUCUGGGGGUAUGGGUUUUACGACUCGGAGAUGGACGAUGUAGAGAGCGAGGACGAGGGCGGGUAUCGAGGCGGCAGCGUGGUCAGCAGUGCGAGCCGGGUGCGGCGACGGGUGGAGCUUAGCUUGGCGCCUGCGCUGGAGAGGUGCGGGAAUGCGAACGGGCAUGUUUUUGAUCAGAACUUCAUACUGGUGAAGGCGGAUGUUAUGUGUAGACGGGUGGAACGGGCGAGGGAGCCGGCGAGGAGGAAACCGGGCAUCUUCAGUAGAGGGAGAGGGUGACGAGUGUAGAGGGCGCCAGGUCGAGAGGAUAUAGUGUUGUAUGAUGGCAGACGUUGGCACAUUGGUAUGUAAACGUGCCAUAUAGCUCACGCGUGAGUAGGCAAAUGAAUCUUGCGUAGAUG